CGCCGCCGCCGCCGCAGCAGCAGCAGCAGCCGCAGCCGCCCUCCCGCCGGAAAGCCACUAAAAUAGGCUGGCCUAAUGUUAUGGGGUGUUUUGGAAGCGCCGCGGCCAAGACGGACCACGACGAUGCGAAAAAGGGCAAGGAGACGAACAAAAAGAUAAACCAGCAGCUGCAAAAGGACAAACAGGUGUACAGGGCCACACACAGGUUACUGUUGUUGGGAGCUGGAGAAUCUGGUAAAAGCACAAUUGUUAAACAAAUGCGAAUAUUGCACGUAAAUGGAUUUAGUGAAGAAGAAAAAAAACAAAAAAUUGAAGAUAUUAAAAAAAACAUUAGAGAUGCCAUAUUGACAAUUACAGGUGCCAUGAGCACACUCACCCCACCAGUACAAUUAGAACACCCAGAAAAUCAGUUUAGGGUUGAUUAUAUGCAAGAUGUCGCUUCCCAACAUAACUUUGAAUAUACAACGGAGUUUUAUGAACACACAGAAAUACUGUGGAAAGAUAGAGGUGUACAGUCUUGUUUUGAUAGAUCUAAUGAAUAUCAACUCAUUGACUGUGCUAAAUAUUUUCUCGAUCAAGUACACAUUAUCAAGCAAGUAAAUUAUACCCCUUCAGAACAAGACAUACUUAGGUGCCGUGUUUUAACUUCUGGUAUAUUUGAAACACGAUUUCAAGUUGAAAAAGUUAAUUUUCAUAUGUUUGAUGUGGGAGGCCAAAGAGAUGAAAGGCGUAAGUGGAUACAGUGCUUUAAUGAUGUCACUGCCAUCAUAUUUGUGACUGCUUGUAGUAGUUAUAAUAUGGUUCUUAGGGAAGAUCCCACUCAAAAUCGACUCCGUGAGUCAUUAGACUUGUUCAGAAGCAUAUGGAACAACAGAUGGUUGAGAACGAUAUCAGUUAUAUUGUUUCUGAAUAAACAAGACUUACUAGCAGAAAAAAUCAAGGCUGGCAAAUCUCGACUAGAAGAUUAUUUUGCCGAAUUCACCCGUUACCAAACGCCAAUGGAUGCUACUCCUGAUCCGGGAGAAGAUCCUCCAGUUAUUCGCGCCAAAUAUUUUAUCCGAGAUGAGUUCCUUCGCAUCAGUACUGCCAGUGGCGAGGGUAAACAUUACUGUUAUCCACAUUUCACCUGUGCUGUUGACACUGAGAACAUCAGACGUGUGUUCAAUGACUGUCGCGACAUCAUACAGAGGAUGCACCUGCGCCAGUACGAGUUGCUAUGAUCUCUCCCUUACCCACUCACAUAUACAUACACAGGUCUCUUAAUUAUUCUGCAGCAAUUUUGAUGUGAGGGUCUGCCAAUAUAAACAUCAUCGUGCAAGUGUCAGUUGAAACCAUUAUUGUAUAAUUAGUCGUUCUUUUCAUUAUGUUAUAUUAUGUAUGUAUGUAUGAAUAUAAACAUAUAUAUUACA